CAGCCAGUGCAAGGAUUGCGGGCAGAAGCUGUGCCUCAAGCACCGGUUCCCCACGGACCACGAGUGCUCGCGCGUGUCGCCGGCGGGGGCCGCCGCCGCCGCGAGGAGGGCCGGCGACUGCGGCCGCGACGCGCAGAAGGCCAAGGACGGCGGUGGGUGGGCGCUGCCGCCGUUGGUCCGGAAUUCCAAGAUGUUCUGAUUAGCCUGAGGCUGAAAUUGUGGACGGAGGAGGCCAUGGAACGUUUUUUUCUCCGGUGUCAAAUUUUCAAUUGUGCACAUAUUCUGUUGUUGUUGUUGUUGUUAAAUGAAGAAUCAAAUUCAAUUUAUUUUUGGAAAAGGAUCAGAAUCAACCGGUUGAUUUUACCCUCUUCUGGAGCGUCGCGAGCCAUCCAAAUCCAUCCCUAUCUUCUCGUUCCCUUCUCGCGUCUCUUUCCCUCUCGUUCUCCUCUGGCCAUGGAAGCGCCACUCACCUGCUCCCAGCACACCGCCGCCUCGCCGUCGCAACUGCUGCAAGGGCAGCCACCGGCCGCUGCAAAGGCAACGCGUGCACUGGUGCAGAAAGCGACUGCCGACGCAGCUAGCAGGGCCUCCGGCGCCAAUGUUGCAGAUGGGUGUGCCCAUGCCCGCCUCGCCAGAGUCGCGCGGCGGUACUACAACGGGGAGCCAACGGUGUUCCGUGUUUGCUUCAGGCGAGUGGCGCGUGCUCCAACCAGGGGGCUUGCCGGUUGCAAUGGAGCAACGAUGGAGGCCCUCGAAGCUGCGACGGAGCAUCACCGGCAUCGGGCGGUGCUACAAUUGAGCAUCGUCGGAGCCAUUGCUGCUGCAACUCCGGCGAUGUUGCCUUGAAGCUGUUGGGAGGCCGUCGGUGUUGCAAUGGAGCAACG